CGGCAAACCUCUAAUCAUUAAUCAAGUAUGAAAUGAUCGCUUGACGAAGGUUACAAGUUGAAGAAAAAACAAGAGGAAAAUGUUAAAGAAGGCGGGUUUAACCACUUCUUGGGAAGUUCCUUUGAUGUUUUUGAGACAUGUUGGUCAUUUGGGGAUGGUAUAUUUUGAGUUCAUAAGAUUUUCAUUUCAAUUUAUGUUAUGAGAAGAUUGUUUACACAAACAGAAUCGUUAAUAUUUUAUACCAUGGCGCGUGCGUUUCGUCUACUAUGUUUAGCUGUGCUGACUGCCCUUUUUACUGGAAAGCUCGUGAAGGGUGAAAGGAUUCGCUUGUCUCCCGACAUGACGGCUGGCACAGAACUUGACUUAUCAUUGAACCGUGAACAAAGAACAAACUACUCGCUCGUGAUUGAACAAAGCAUGAGAUUUCUUUAUGAUUUUUUGUUUAUCAAUCGAACGAGUGGAGUUCUAACAUUAAAACGUGACUUAAACUGUGGCAUCUUUCUCAAAAAGAAAAUGUUUGUGAUAGCUGUGCAUUCUAUGAAUACCAGCACGAAACUCCAAUCAUGGACACCUAUUGUGAUAAGUUUACAUAACAAGGAACGCUGUCUGGAGAAACCUAAGAUGCUCACGAAGUACAAAAUUCCUAAGCGUGUAUCAAAACAUGCUAAUAGCAAGCUAAAUACACAGGACUUUAGCCAAAAAUUACGAACAAUGGGAAAUAAACCUUUUUUAUUAGAACGCCUUAGGGUUUCAAAGAAGGAUUUUAUGCAUACUUUGCUCAACGCUGGAAAUAGUAAAGAACUUAACAAAGAUGUGUAUUUCAAUAAUAGAUUAAUACCACGAUCAAUUACCAAACUAUAUGACAUCUCAGCUAACCCAAGGCAAGCAAUACGUUUUCCCAGGACCAAAAGAUUCACCCCGAACCAUCCACCGAAAUUUCCAUUACGUUCCAAGACUGUGACUAUCAAAGAGGAUGUAAGACUUUGGAGUUUAGUGUACAAUGCCACAGCAACAGAUGUUGAUUACUACCAAUCUGGAGAAAUUGAGUACAAGAUGACUCCCAUGGGAAAUAUUCGCAGCGGGGAUUAUUUUGAAAUUGACACAAAUACAGGUGUGAUCAGGACGAAAGCCUUGCUUGAUCGUGAAAGCAUGGAAAAGCAUGUCUUUCGUGUAAUAGCAACUGAUAAAGGAAACCCGCCUUUGAGUGACCGUAUGGUUUUAACAAUAAAACUUAUAGAUGUUAAUGACUACAUGCCAGAGUUUGAUAAGAAAGUUUAUAGAGAAGAGAUAUCUGAAUCUGAGGACAUUGGUUCGACAGUUCUAGCUGUCAGAGCUCAUGAUUAUGAUGAAAUUGGACCAAAUAGAGAUAUUCAAUACAGCAUUGUUAAUGGAGAUGGUGUUAACAAAGCGUUUACCAUUGAUUUUAAAAAUGGUGUGAUUACAGUAAAUAAAAAAUUGGACAGGGAAACAACAGCCUCAUACCACUUAGUUGUGAAAGCUCAAGACCAAGGAACACCUCCCUUAAAUUCUACUGUUGAUGUGUUCAUUGUUAUAAAAGAUGAGAAUGAUUGUAUGCCCAUGUUUAAUGAGAGUAAAUAUAAUUUCUUUGUUGCAGAAGAUAGUUUGAGGGGUACGGCAAUUGGAACUGUCAAUGGAACCGACUGUGAUGUUGGCAAGAACCAGAGAAUUCGUUAUAGCUUUGUUUCUGGUAACGAGAAGCAAUUGUUUCAAAUUAACACCACUUCUGGAGUUAUUGUCUUAAUUGGGUCACUGGAUUAUGAAAGGAGUGAAUAUAUUCUACAGGUUAUGGCUGAAGACUCCGGUACUGUGCCACUUUUUAAUGAAGUAGAUGUCUCCAUCACCAUUGUGGAUGUAAAUGAUAAUUCACCGGAGUUUUUAAAUAAAGAAUAUUAUUUCAAAGUGAGUGAAAACAAGUCAACGAACUUGCUCGUUGGAACUGUUCAAGCACAGGAUGCAGAUACCAAGGAAAAUCAAGAGAUCAACUAUUCAAUAAGGGCUAAAAAUAUUCCAUUCAGAGUUGGUGCUCAAACAGGAAAGAUUUGGACAACAUCGAUAAUUGAUCGUGAAGCAACACCUCGUUUUCGCUUUCAGGUGUUUGCCCAAGACAAAGGAAAAGAACCAUUGGAGUCUUCAGUGUUCGUGAAUAUUGAUGUUGAAGAUGUGAAUGACGUUGCACCAAUUUUUGAUCAGAUAUUUUAUAAUGUAACAAUUGACGAAAUGUACAGAUCCAGUCGACCAUUUACCACAGUGACAGCAAGUGAUAAAGACACCAAGGGUCAGAUCAACUAUUUCAUUCGAAAUGACCCAACUAAUUGCUUUUCAAUCAACUCACUUGGUGGUAUCACGAAGAGGAGAUCGUGCAGGCUUGAUUACAAAAAGAAGAGAUUGUAUCAAUUCAAAGUAGGUGCAUACGAUGGUAAACGAAGGACAUUGGUGGAUGUUAUGGUACAUGUUAUCGAUGCCAAUAAUAAUUCACCAAAGUUCACGCAUGGUCGGUACAUCGGUAAUAUUUACGAGAACGACACCGUUGGGACAAUUGUCACAAAGGUGACGGCUCUGGACGAUGACGUUGGUAAAAAUGCUGAGAUUACAUACUCCAUAAUUGGUCGAAAUACCAAGUUCUCAAUCAAUUCAAAGACUGGAGUGAUUACGAAUCUUGUUGUGUUAGAUCGUGAACGUCGACCAAAGUACAAGUUGAAAAUUCUCGCAAAGGAUAAUGGCGACCGUAGACGUUCUGGACGCGCUCAUGUUGAUGUCAUUGUCCUUGAUAUCAACGAUAACAAACCAAAAUUUGAUCAAUCUUUGUACGUGGUUGCUGUUGAUGAAGAUGCAAGAGUUGGUCAGCUUGUAACAGAGAUAAAAGCAACGGAUAGUGACGAGGGUAUAAAUAGAAAGAUAACAUAUAAACUGAAAGAAAAAGGAAACGUGAAUUCAGCUUUCAAAAUCAACGAAGAUCUUGGUGAAAUAACGGUGAAUCGACGCCUUGAUCGUGAAGUGACACCUGAGUACUUGCUCACAGUUUUUGCUACCGAUCAUGGUCAACCACCGUUAAAUUCAACUACUCAAGUUAAGGUGACUCUUAACGACAUCGUUGAUAGUCCGCCCGAGUUUGAAUCGUCACCUUACGAAUUUAGCAUUCCCGAGGAUUUUCCUCUCAAUCAUGAAAUUUUAAAAAUCAAAGCUGUAACGCGAGACAACGUGAAAGACGCCAACAUUCUGUACGAUAUCACUGGUGGUAAUUAUAAAAAUACGUUCACCAUACUCAGUAGCAGCGGAAUUAUCGAACUUGCAAAGCAUUUAGAUUACGAACAGAAGACCAGCUAUCGACUAACGGUCCAGGCCAUAUACGCGUCGUUUUUGGCCUGGGGCGAGGUGCAUAUUAAUGUAACGAAUGUCAACGAUAAUGAACCACAGUUAACAGAGAAUUUUCAAAUUGUCAUCAACGUUCGAGAAGGUCUCUUUCCGUCGGAUGUAAACUUCACUAUUCCUGCAUAUGAUCCGGAUGAAGAUUCUCAACUUAGUUAUGACAUCGUGUUGAAUGAUGAUCGUUUAAGAAAUGCCGUAACUGUUGAAAAACAUACAGGUGUCCUUAAAGUAAAAGAAUCUGCUCUUGUUAACACAAACACAAUUGUCUUUGAAGUCACUAUCUCAGACGGUGUUCACGUGAUUUCAAGAUUUGGCAGUGUUAAUCUUAACAUUAUAACUGAAUCUAUUCUUCAAGCAAGUGUGCCUAUUUAUGUAAAGAAUGCAACCACAUCCAAAUUCUUUGCUUUGUCGACAAGAUUUAAGAAAAGUUUGGCAUCCAUGUUUCGGCUUCACGAAAGCUCCGUCAUUGUGUUCUACCUAAGAAAUGUCACAAGAUCUUACAUGAAGUUUCGUGAAGGGAUUGGUAAUGUUCUUCAUACUGAUGAUUAUUUAACCGUUUGGCUUGCCAUUCGUAAUGGUCGUAAUGGUUUUGUGAAUGGACAGUUGUUGCUAGAGAACUUGUUUUUAAACUUAACAUCUUUUGAAAAGGCAACUGAAAUGAUUGUUCUGUCAUCAGAUAAAGAAAUCAAUCCGGGAAAGCACUCAAAUCAUUUCUUACUUGUCGGUGAAGCGUGUAAAACUAAGAAAAAUAGUUUUCUUACCUGUCAAAUCAAUAAGACGUUUGUGAAUGGACUUGGUCAACUGUUGAUCACACCGUUUGCUGUGUUUUAUGGUGUCCGAGCCCGCGAAGUACUUAAACCUGUAUGUUCAGCGGGUUUUUACGGACACCAAUGCAGUCGGCAGUUACACGCAUGUUACUCAAGCCCUUGUCAUAACAAUGGAAGAUGUAUAGAUUACGAAGGAGGAUAUUAUUGCGCAUGCCCAAAUAACUUUGUCGGGCGAAAUUGUGAAUUUGAUGUUUCGAGAACAAGAUGCCACAGUCUACCAGAUGGUAUCUGUAAAAAUGAUGGUUUAUGUCGUGACUUGCCAAGGCAAGGCUUUAACUGUCUCUGCAAGAAAGGAACUGGUUAUGGAAAAUUUUGUGAUGUCAAUAGUAGAAGCUUCGAGAAUGAUUCCUUUAUCGCUUUUACAGGUCUAAAACAAAGAUGGCAUAUUGAUAUUUCAUUGGAAUUUGCGACCAUAAACUCUGAUGGAUUACUUCUUUAUGUUGGUCGUUACGGUUUUGAAAAUGACACGAUGGCUCUCGAACUACGCAAUGGUCAUUUGUAUUACGUAUUCUCUGCCGGUGAAGACGUACAGACCGUCAGUGUGGGGCCUGGGGAUAGAGGAAGUAUCACCAAUGGUGUAUGGCAAAAAGUGAUGAUCUCAUAUAGAUUUCAAAUUGGCUCCAUUGUUCUUGGUGAAAAUUGUGAAACCGCUGUGGCAGUUAAGUUUGGUGAGCAAGUCGGUAGUUUUGACUGUGCUGCUGCAAAGAGAGGACGUGGUAAAUUAAGAUCAAUGGACCUUACAUCACCUCUUUUCCUUGGCGGCAUACCAAGCUCUACACCAUACCUUCGUGGGCUCGGCUUUAACGGUUGCAUACGUAAUGUAAGAAUAAAUGAAGUUCCUUUGGACAUGGGUUUGCCGAUAUACAAUAGAAAUACUCGAAUUGGUUGCAACAGGAAACGUGAUUUUUGUAAAAGUGAUUCUUGUUCCCAACAUGGAACAUGUGUGAAUAGCUGGGAUAGAAUGAUCUGUGUCUGUGAUGAAGGAUAUGCUGGAGAAAGGUGUGAAAAAGCAACCGUUCCCUAUAGCUUCACUCGCCUGAGUUACACUUCAGUCAGGAUCGAGCAUGUGGUAAUUGCACCCACUUUGACAAUAUCGCUUGUUUUACGAACGGUCGAGAAAUCUGGGACUCUCAUGCAAAUUGUUGCAGCCAAUAGUACGUCUUUCCUUGAGAUGGUUGACGCUGCUCUCUAUUUCACGUACAAUAAUCAACAUUUGAACGUCAACAAUAUCAAACUGGCAGAUGGGAAAUGGCACGAUGUUGAAGUAGAGUUCUCACGCACCUCCAUCCAGGUCGUUAUCGAUCGUAUUCAUCGUAAAGUCUUGUUUGCCACGGCGAGUGCAGAGACUGGGGCGAGUUUCUUGGAUGUUUUUCUUGGUGAUAUUGGAAGAUCUGGUUCAGGAUUUGACGGCUGUAUUCAAGGUUUUGCCGUAAAUAAUGUAUCUCAGAACAUAUCGUCUGCUUCAUCGCAUAUUGUGACCAGCGGCUGUUUGUCUACGGCUCAUUGUGUCUCGAGUUCCUGUCCUCCGACCAGCAAAUGUGAAAAGUCAUGGAGAAAGACGAGUUGUGUAUGUCUCCCUGGGUAUUAUGGUGAAAAAUGCGAGGAUAUUUGUCGUUUGAGCCCAUGUCAGAAUGGUGGCACAUGUCAGCGGACUGAUGAUGAUGUUGGUUUCACGUGUAGUUGUAGGAAGAAUUUUUUAGGAAAAUAUUGUGAAAGGGAAAGUGAACUGCCAUGUCGUGACGAGUUCUUCAGUGCAUCAAAUAGCGGAACUUGUGGUCCAUGUAAUUGUGCCACCGAACUCGAGUAUAAUCCAGUUUGUAAUAAAACAACUGGUGAAUGUUAUUGUAAGGAACGUUAUUUUCGCGCGUUUCUUCCCCGAGGAAAACUGGACGAUGUUUGCCAGGAAUGUGAUUGUGAUGAAACCGGAAGCAUGAACGACAUGUGCGCACCAGUCGGAGGGCAGUGUCCUUGUUUGCCAGGUGUGAUUGGUCGUAUAUGCGAUAUGUGUGCUGCGAAACAGGGUGAAAUCACCAAAAAAGGAUGUGAAAUCAUAAAUACUUCGUGCCCUAAAUCCAAAUCAGAACGGAUAAAUUGGCCACGAGAAUCAUUCGGUGUUUUAUCUAAACGGAAAUGUCCUUUCGGUUCUAUUGGUGUGGCUAGCAGAAUGUGUGCGUUCCAUGAUGGCUGGCAGGAUCCUGAUCUCUCGGAUUGUGUCUCCCAAGCAAUCGUUGACAUCUCCAAUACUUUGAAACACUAUGGAAACCUGACGACAGAGAAAGCAAUAUUAAUCUCAAAUUCGUUGAACAACAUACUGUUCCAGACGAAGGAAUUUUAUCAAAAAGAUGUCCCUUGCCUAAAUGUCAUUCUUGCAUUGCUAAAAUUUGAAAGCGAUCAUGCUGAAGAUGAACUUGCUUCCUCACAAGAUGACGAGUUUCUAGAUACGACGACAAAUGCUGUCAGCACUUUUGUAUCUCCAGAAUACUCAAUAGGAUGGUCAUUGAUAAAAGAGACACCUUCAGCAACUGUCACAUUGAUGCAUCAACUUGAAAUGUUCGGCAUAAGUUUGGCGAGUAGUAUGGUGUACAUUAAAAGGAAAGGAUAUCGUAGAAAACGAUCCACCUCUAAUCUCUUAUCUUACGUGAAAGUUGAGGAAAACAUGUUGAUGCAGUUGGAACCUGUUGAUCCGAAGCGUUUUUUCGGCUUGACUUUUCCUUUGGAAGAACAUAAGUCGAGUUUAUUGUCUUCUGAACGAUGGCGCAACACAAGUAAUCGUGUCGAGAUACCGUCAUCUCUGUUUGAGAACAGUGGGGCACCAAAAGACGAAUCAGCAAUUGCAUUCAUCGCCUUAAAAUAUCUUGGUGAUCUUUUACCGUUUUCGUUUGAUGUCAAAGAAAGUUUUAGCGACCUUUCUCUUGACGUAAACUCUGACGUCAUUAUUGUUGGGAUCAAAGGAAUGGAGUCGUUGUAUCUUAAAGAACCUAUUAUCAUCGAAUUUGAAAUCCACGAGGUCAAUCGUUCACAAUAUGAUUGUGUAUUUUGGAACUACUCAAUACCUGGUUCUAAUGGUGGUGGAUGGUCAAAAAAUGGUUGUGAGAAAGCUCCAAGUAAUUUUACUCAUACAGUUUGUAGAUGUUAUCAUCUUACGUCAUUUGCUGUCGUCUCUGAUCUUAAGAUCGAGAUCCCUGUGACAUCCCCAUAUGACAUACAACUUGUGACCUACGUUGGUGUGUCUAUAUCUCUCGUCAUUCUUCUAUUCGUUAUUUUUUCAUUUACUUGUUUAAGCGAUCUUCAAUCCAAUACGAACUCUAUCCACAGAAAUAUGGUGUUAGCCAUUGUUCUAGCUGAAGUUGCGUAUGUUUUUGGCAUCAACCGUACAUCAUACGAGCUCAUCUGCAGAUUUAUUGCUAUCAUCUUACACUACUUCUUUGAUGCUGUCUUUGCCUGGAUGUUCGUGGAGACUGUGCAUAUGUAUCGUAGGCUCACAGAAAAAAGAGAUAUUGACUCGGGGCAAAUGACGUUUUACUACUUUCUUGGGUGGGGUUGUCCAGCCAUUGUUGUUGGUUUGUCAAGUGGAAUGGCGAUCGAAGGAUAUGGAAAUGAAAGAUUUUGCUGGAUGACAACAAGCGGAACUUUGUUUUGGACGUUUACUCUUCCUAUCGCUGGUGUUAUUUUUGUCAAUUUAAUCGUUUUUCUUAUGGCACUGCGUUUGUCCUGUACAAAAGGCAGGAAGAAAAGAAAACCAAAUGCGUUCAUUCCCAAGAACACACCCGUCACUAGUGUUUAUAAGAAUGCACUAAAAAUUAAAUAUGCUUUAAAAGUUGGUGCUUUGUUUGUACCUGUCCUUGUUGUGACCCUCGCCUUUGCUGUGCUGGCUGUUAAUGAAGAGCACAUGGUCUUCCAUUUUCUAUAUGCCAUUUUAUGUUGUUGUCAAAGUCUGUUCAUUUUAUCUUUUAUGUCGCUUGUGAUCCCAAGGUACGUGAAGAAUACAGAAACGCGUUCAUUCGCUGGAGAACUGGGGACAAGACGUACGGACGACCAAGACGAAGAAGAUUAUAUACAGGAAAUGUCAUAUCAUCCCGGAAGUAACUUGGCCGGUGAGGAUGGUUAUGGCUUAAAAAGACAUAAUGCUGAAACAUCUUCAACUGAUCGAUCAUCAAGUACUUUACAUAGUUCAAGUAUGACAAGAACAAGUAAAACAGAUCAGUUUAGUACAUUUCUUGAUGAUGAAGACAGCGAAUCAGAUUAUCGAGAAAUUAAGAGAAGAAAGCCUCGCACAGAGGAUCCGAUUAACAUGGAGGAUGCAGCAAAAAUGUGGAAUGCUCCUGAAAAAUCUGAAUACAGUACGACUCAACCUGAAUCAUCAGACUCCUCUGACGGAAGGCGACGACGUCGAACGAUGAUCAUCUCAUCGGAUACGGGCAGUUCCGACGAAGAAACGGCUUCGUGGGAACAGAAAUCUGAAAAUGGUGUCCACAAGAAGAAAGCUGCUGCACCAUUAUAUGCAUCUGACGGGCCUAUGCAUAGUACUCCUCAAGAACUUGAGCGAGAGAGAGCGAGUUUGGCGAAGAAGAAACCGCUGAUCGAAACGCCCGUGUCGCUAGUGAAGCCGAUGCUUCAAAAGCCUUCGAUAUUAAAGAACAGCGGUUCACGUUCUCAUCCUGUCCCAUCUACACCUCAACUUGCAAAUAAAGCUGUGCCCGAAAUGGCGAAAGCAGGUUCUGAGGCGAGCUCCGGUAGCUCUGAUAGCUCUUCUAGUGAUAAUGAAAAAGAUUUAGCGUUGCAAGCCAGAUUAAUGUCUCAAUCUGAAGGAGGGAUUUCUACGCUGUCCAGUCAGUCGAAGAAAAAACGAAGCAGAAAGUCACGUGACAUAAAACACGGCAAAACGAGUCGUCAUCAACGAGUUCAUUUUCAAAGAAAGAAACGCGACGAUUCUCAAAAUGUCCCCGAGGAUAUGGCCCCGGAAGAAGGGAAACUACUUGGCCAGCAUAAGGUAUGAAAGAAUGAAGUCGUCGUAAUUUAUUUGGACAAACUGUGGUCACACCCCCGUGUUUUUACAACCAACUGUCUUCAUGAUUUGAUAUCAGAAAAUCUGAUUUAAUGUUUAGAUUGCCAGUCACUAACUCUGAUGUUCUUUUGUAAAUAUUGAAAAGUGUGAACAUUAUUUUACUUAUGUAAUUUUUAAUUUAUGUUUGUUUAUCGAAAGUUUUAAUCAUAGACCAAUGAAUAGAACUAUUUUAACGAUUUUAA